AUGUUGACACUGCCCUUCGAGGAAUCUCAUAUGAUGUGUGAGCCGCGGUUUGGUGCCAGUUAUACCCGUGAAAGCUUACCUGAGAGCCUGGAACAGGAGCGACAACACAACCCGGACAGGUCUAACUCAGACAUGAGGGAGGACGAGGACUGCAUCUCCGACCGAGAGGAGGACGAAAGGGAAGAUGAUCAGGAUGAGGACGGGCUUCCUAAAAAGCGAGGCCCCCGGAAAAAGAAGCUAGGGAGGGAGCAGAUGGACAGGUCCAAAGUACGGCGCCAGGAAGCCAACGCCCGAGAGCGCAGCCGGAUGCACGGCUUGAACGCCGCGCUCGAGAGCCUGCGCAAAGUUGUGCCGUGCUACUCUAAAACUCAAAAACUGUCCAAGAUUGAGACCCUUAGACUGGCUAAAAAUUACAUCUGGGCCCUGUCAGAGACUCUGAGUGCAGGGAAGAGACCGGACCUGCUCGCCUUCGUACAGACUUUGUGCAAAGGAUUAUCUCAGCCCACUACCAACUUGGUGGCCGGUUGUUUGCAGCUGAACGCGAGAAAUUUCCUCACAGACCACAACGGGGAGGUCAUGUUCUCUGGCAGAUCGCCCUACGAUGCCAUGUACUCGUACCCCGGCUCAGACAUGAACACGCCCCCCGGCCACAGCGGGAGCAGCUUGGACAGCAGCGCCAAGCCGUUCAGACACUACAGCUACAGCGGCGCGUACGAGCCCUACUACGAGAACCCCUCCCCAGAGAGCGGGAGCCCGCAUUUUGACAGCCAGCUGAGCCCCCCGAUGAACUUUAACGGGAUUUUCUCCCUAAAACACGACGAUCCGCCAGACUACGGCAAAAGCAGCCACUAUGGCAUGCGCUACUGCAGUGCGCCAGGGCGCACGGCUCUUGCUCACAACUCCAUGUACCGAGUGUCCCAAGAGGCCCGUUUCCCCUACGAUCUGCACGUCCGCAGCCAGUCCUUCCAAGCACAAGGGGAAGUUAAUGGCUCUUUCCACAAUUAA